CUCAUCAUGGAGCGGUCAGUGACGUCAGGUGAGGAGGCGGGUCCAGAGAAUGGUUAAUGCGCAUGUUGUUGGAGCCUACAGGUACAGGUGAUCUCCACUCCGUCUCGCUGUGAUCGGGGGAAACAUGGGGAAACUUCAAGAGUUUGAGAUCACGUUUGACAAAAACAAAGUGGUGUACAGUCCGGGCGACUCUAUCUCUGGAACGGUGAAGUUCCGCCUGGGCCAGCCGCUUCAGUGUAAAGCCAUCAAAGUGAACUGCAACGGUUUCUGUGGGAUCACCAGUAAGGUAAAUGACACGGCAUGGACGGUGGAGGAGCAGUACUUCAACAGUACCGUCUCUGUUGCAGACAAAGGAACCAUGAAACAAGGAGAACACACUUUUCCCUUCAAGUUUCUCAUACCAGACACUGCUCCAACAUCUUUUGAAGGCAACUAUGGUAGGAUCAUUUACAGAGUGAGAGCUUUUAUUGACACACCGCGAUUUGCCAAGGACCACAACACAGAGAAAGCUUUCUACCUGCUACGACUUCUAAACCUGAAUGAAAUGCAAGACAUAUGGGGAACCUGUUCAUCUGCAGUGACCCAGCAGUUCACCUACAUGCUGGUGAAAACGGGCACGAUGGUCAUGAAGGCCCAGUCCGACAUGAAGGGUUACACACCAGGCCAGAUCAUCCAGGUGUUGGCCACCAUUCACAACCAGUCUGGGAAGACCACAGGCAACAUGGCGGCCAGCCUGAUGCAGAGAGUGACCUAUGAGACAAAGAGGCCCACCCACGAUGUGAGGACGAUAGCAGAGGUGGAGGGUGGUGCGGUGAAGGCUGGCAAAGAGGUGGAGUGGAAGGAACAGAUCAUCGUUCCUCCUCUUCCUCAGUCCUCCCUCGUUGGAUGUGAUCUUAUAAAGAUUGAAUAUUAUGUCAAAGUCAGUUUAAAGUCUCCAGAUGUCAUGUUGACGUUACCCAUCCACAUCGGGAACGUCUCACUGGACAAAAAACGGCACCCUUCCAAAAAAGCAACUCCUUCCUCCUCUGCUGCAGCUGAAGAUCCACAAGCAUCUGCCGCUACCCCUAACAUCUCCACCGAUCCCACUCUGCCCCCUCGCCCUGCCCCAAAACCCGCUCCACGUCCCAUCCCUCGCUCCAGGAUGUCCUCCCAUAACUCCCCCAGUGCUCCUCCAGCUGAGUACCACCAAGGAGCAGAGGGUGGGACUCCGAUGACCGACGGCUUCCCCAACAAGCGCCAGUCUCAGCUGGUGUCGCCCAAUGCCUUCAGCUAUGCUCCCGGCCUCUUUUUCUCCCAGAACCAGCAGCACAAUGAGCCCGGCACUGUCCCCAGCGAGCCUAUGCCCAGUGGGUCCACAGGGGCCACACCACCUUACCCCCUUGAGAAUGGUGCUAGCUCAAUGCCAACACCACUCAUCGUGCCUCCAGACUACGACACCUCAGCUUAUCCACAAGAGGCUCCUCCUUCUUAUGAUGAGAGCUGCAACACAUGAAGUGGAUGAAGAACUAGCAACCUCCCACCAGGAUCCCCGUCAAUUCACUCUGAUGUCAAACAAAAUGUUGUCCUGCCAUUUGAAAAGGUUGUAACUAACUUAGACACAGAGGAAAGCUAAUGUGAGCUGGUAUGAUGAGGCUAUUUUAGGGCCUAAGUCUCCAGCUUUCUGAAUGUAAGAAUCAGCAUUUUGAACUGAAAUGAAAGUGGAUUGACUUGUAGUAUCUUCACUAACCUAAUGGGGGUUAUUCUCUCCUUCAAACCAGCCACAGCCAAUCAAUACUGUCUGACCAUUUUUGGUAUACUUUUAGCACUUUGAAUGAAAGACGAGGGGAAUAUGCAGAAUAGAAUUGUCUGUUCUGUGUACAGAGCAGGAGUCAUGUUUUCAGUGAUAAUGUUUUCAGGCAUCUGUGAUGUCAAGUUCUAAAGUUUUAUGUAUGAAAACCUGUGUAAAAGAAACCCUCUCAUCUUCUAUUUAGUCUAAUAUCCUUUUUUUAGAAGCCUAAUAAGAAAUGAACCUGUAGCAUUUUUUUUAUUGGUAACGGGUGAAAUCAUCUUUAUUUUUAUGUUUGAAUAUUUAAGAGUGGAUUAAAUGGUUUGUUUGGAACAAUCUUUUUUAUUGCCUUUGAUCAGGAGUUUUCAGUUUUAUGAUGAUAAUGAACAAUCCAGAUAUUGCCAUAUAGAGCUUUGUAAAGAUAUAAUGCAUGAUCUAGUAUAGCCUCUUAAGAUUUCUGCCAUGUUUAAUCAUUUGUUACUUUCAUGUCCAUAAACUGUGUUGUAAUGACUGUUGACCUGCUUAGAGAAAUGGUGUUUUGUCGUGUAUUCUGCUUCCCCUGCUGAAUGUGUGUUGGUUCUGUAUACGUCAGACACCCCUUCUCGGUCUGAUUUCUUUCAAGAGUUGGGCAAUGAUGCAACAUCACUGGGAUUUGAGCUUUUCUUUGGCCCCCCAUUGAUGUAGUUCACAUCAUAUAUCUUAAUCAUAGAGUUUUGUGAAUAAGUUUAAUAUUUCUUGAUCAAGUUAAAUCCAUCAAACAUGCAGAAAGAAUAUUAUGUUUAUUUAUUGUUUGAGUUUUUUCCAACUGCUGUCUGGAUUUCAAUAAAUCUUUUAAAACCA